UUAUUUUCACUGAAGGGGAAAAAAUGUUCAUGUGUUCUAGCAGAGGCAGCAGCAGCAAAUCAUUAAGUCAGACUGCACCAUUUUUCUUCUCUUUUUUCCUUGUGCUGAGGUACAGCUGGAGAGCUGUAAGGAGCAUUCUUUCCUCCCCCACUCCCCCCUGUUUUUUCUGUGCGUGUAGCUCCUUCCUUGCUCUAGUCAGAGGACACAGGCUCCCUCUACUCUGGGUCCCUAAAGGCCUUUUUUUCUUCAAUAUGGGGGAUGUGUCGUUUUAAGGAUGGCUGUCUCCCAAACCUAAAGCUGUCACUUCAACAUCUGGUGUCUCUGCAGUUGUGAGGAGAAUCUAUCAGAUUUCUGCUUCCUGGCUUUACCUGCAUUUGUGGGCAUUAGACCCCCCCCCCCCCCAUCUACCCCUUUUGGUGCAUCAUUCACAAGAGAUGGGAGAUUCUGCAAGAGGUAUGGUCUGCUGAGUUUGAGUAGGAAUAGCACUGCUGUCAGUUCUGCAACUGAAAAUCCUGGCUCCCUGCCAGUGCCCUCAGCAAAAGUCACCUGGAUUGUACUGUCCUGUUUUCAAAGUGAAUAUUCUGAAGUCCUCUGCUGCAGGAUCAUGGCUCACGCUGCUUCUCACAUUAAAAAAGCCAGAGAUCUUGAGCCGCCACCAGAUUUAAAAAGUGAGAAAGCCAAGGAGAGGAGAAGGCGCUCCAGGGAGCGAGCUGAACGGAAACGCAAGUCUGACAGCAAUACAAGCUUCCUGCGAGCAGCCAGGGCUGGCAACACUGACAAAGUGCUGGAGUAUCUCAAAGGAGGAGUAGACAUUGGCACUUGUAACCAGAAUGGACUCAAUGCUUUACACCUGGCAGCUAAGGAAGGUCACAUGGGCCUGGUUAAUGAGUUACUGGAAAGAGGCUCAGCUGUCGAUUCAGCCACCAAGAAAGGAAACACAGCCCUGCAUAUUGCAUCUUUGGCGGGUCAGGAAGAGGUCAUCAAAACCCUGGUGAAGCAAGGAGCUGACGUCAAUGCACAGUCUCAGAAUGGAUUCACUCCCUUGUACAUGGCAGCCCAGGAGAACCACGUAGAUGUUGUGAGGUACCUACUGGAAAAUGGAUCAAACCAGAGCAUUGCCACAGAGGACGGCUUCACUCCGCUGGCUGUCGCACUGCAGCAGGGCCACAACCAGGUGGUGGCUAUUCUCCUGGAGAACGACACCAAGGGGAAGGUGAGGCUGCCAGCCCUGCACAUUGCCGCACGCAAGGACGACACCAAGUCCGCGGCACUCCUUCUCCAGAACGACCAUAAUGCUGACGUGCAGUCCAAGAUGAUGGUUAAUAGGACUACUGAGAAUGGAAAGAGCGGUUUUACUCCCCUGCACAUCGCUGCCCACUAUGGGAAUGUCAAUGUUGCCACACUGCUGCUUAAUCGCGGAGCUGCUGUUGACUUUACCGCCAGGAAUGGAAUCAUUCCUCUCCACGUAGCUUCCAAAAGAGGAAACACCAACAUGGUACGUCUCCUCCUGGAUCGGGGAUCACAGAUCGAUGCCAAGACCAGAGAUGGGCUCACACCCCUGCACUGCGCUGCACGAAGUGGGCACGACCCAGCCGUAGAGCUUCUUCUGGAGAGGGGUGCGCCCAUGCUAGCAAGGACAAAGAAUGGACUGUCUCCUCUUCACAUGUCUGCCCAAGGAGACCAUGUAGAAUGUGUCAAACACCUGCUGCAGCACAAAGCACCUGUAGAUGAUGUCACACUGGACUACUUGACUGCCCUUCAUGUUGCUGCGCACUGUGGUCACUACAGAGUAACAAAACUGCUUCUGGACAAGAGAGCCAAUCCCAAUGCCCGUGCACUGAAUGGAUUUACUCCACUGCACAUUGCAUGCAAGAAAAAUCGAGUCAAAGUCAUGGAACUCCUUGUGAAAUAUGGAGCUUCAAUCCAAGCCAUAACAGAGUCUGGCCUUACUCCAAUACAUGUGGCAGCCUUCAUGGGCCACUUGAAUAUAGUCCUCCUCCUGCUGCAGAAUGGAGCCUCUCCGGAUGUCACUAACAUUCGCGGGGAGACAGCCCUGCACAUGGCUGCUCGGGCUGGACAGGUGGAAGUUGUCCGCUGCCUUUUGAGAAAUGGCGCACAUGUGGAUGCUAGAGCCAGGGAGGAUCAGACCCCACUACAUAUUGCUUCCCGUCUGGGUAAAACAGAAAUCGUGCAAUUAUUACUGCAGCACAUGGCACACCCUGACGCAGCCACCACAAACGGCUACACCCCCCUGCACAUCUCAGCCAGAGAGGGGCAAGUGGAUGUGGCCUCAGUUCUCCUAGAAGCUGGGGCCUCACACUCCUUAGCCACAAAGAAAGGAUUCACCCCCCUGCAUGUGGCUGCUAAAUAUGGAAGCCUGGAUGUGGCAAAACUCCUCCUGCAACGCCGGGCUCCUCCCGACUCUUCUGGGAAGAAUGGCCUCACCCCUCUUCAUGUUGCUGCUCACUAUGAUAACCAGAAGGUGGCAAUGCUGUUACUGGAAAAAGGGGCCUCUCCCCAUUCAACUGCCAAGAAUGGAUACACUCCACUGCACAUAGUGGCAAAGAAGAACCAAAUGGACAUAGCCACCACACUUCUGGAGUACGGGGCGGAGACUAACAUUCUUACCAAGCAGGGCGUGACUCCGCUGCACCUGGCAUCACAGGAAGGACAUGCAGACAUGGUGGGCCUGCUUCUGAAGAAGGGGGCAAACAUCAAUGUGGGAACAAAGACUGGAUUGACAUCACUCCAUCUGGCGGCCCAGGAGGACAGGGUUACCGUGGCAGAAAACUUGGCAAAACAUGACGCCAACCUUGAUGCGCAGACCAAGCUGGGCUACACUCCAGUGAUUGUUGCCUGUCACUAUGGAAACAUCAAGAUGGUAAACUUUCUUCUUCAGCACAACGCAAACGUCAAUGCUAAAACUAAGAAUGGAUACACUCCCCUGCACCAGGCCGCUCAGCAGGGCCACACCCACAUCAUCAACUCCCUCCUCCAGCAUGGAGCGAAGCCCAAUGCAGUCACUGUGAAUGGCAACACAGCCCUGGCCAUCGCCAGGCGUCUCGGAUACAUCUCGGUGGUCGAUACUUUGAAAGUGGUAACCGAGGAGGUCAUCACCACAACAACUACGGUGACAGAAAAACACAAGCUGAAUGUACCUGAGACCAUGACUGAGGUUCUGGAGGUAUCAGAUGAGGAGGCGCGUAGGCAAUUGUAUGAUGAGCAGUUUACUGAUGGAGAAUCUAUCGACUUGGAAGGUGAUGAUACAAUGACUGGGGAUGGAGGAGAGUAUUUGAGAGCAGAGGAUCUCAAAGAGCUUGGAGAUGACUCUCUACCCGGCCAGUACCUGGAUGGUAUGAAUUACUUGAGGUUCAGCUUAGAAGGAGGCCGAUCUGAAAGUCACAUGCACAGCCUGCGGUCCUUCAGUUCAGACAGGUCCCACACGCUGAGUCAAGGCUCUUACCUGAGGGACAGUGCCAUGAUCGAGGACAUGAUCGCUGCCACCAACCACCAGGUGUCUGCUCUGGCCAGGGAGCCUGAAAAGGACUCAUACCGCCUUAACUGGUGUACCGAGAACUUGGACAAUGUGGCUGUUUCUUCCAGCCCAAUUCACUCAGGUUUCAUUAUGUGCCGCUCCUCUCCAUGCCUUGACCAUGACAACAGCAGCUUCCUGGUUAGUUUCAUGGUGGAUGCCCGCGGUGGAGCCAUGCGAGGUUGCCGUCAUAAUGGGCUACGUAUUAUCAUCCCCCCUCGGAAGUGCACUGCCCCGACACGGGUCACAUGCCGGCUGGUGAAGCGACACCGACUAGCCACCAUGCCCCCUGUGGUGGAGGGAGAGGGUCUGGCCAGUAGGCUGAUCGAGGUGGGACCAUCUGGAGCUCAGUUCCUCGGCAAACUGCAUCUUCCUACUGCCCCUCCCCCUCUUAAUGAGGGAGAAAGCUUGGUUAGCCGAAUUCUCCAGCUUGGGCCAUCUGGAACAAAAUUUCUUGGGCCGGUUAUAGUGGAGAUCCCCCACUUCGCAGCUCUGAGAGGGAAGGAGAGGGAGCUGGUGGUGCUGCGCAGUGAGACUGGAGAGAGCUGGAAGGAACACCACUGUGAAUUCACGGAGGAGGAGCUGAACGAGAUCCUGAAUGGCAUGGACGAAGAGCUAGACAGUCCAGAGGAACUGGAGAAGAAGCGCAUAUGCCGCAUCAUCACCAGGGACUUCCCACAGUACUUUGCUGUAGUGUCUCGAAUUAAACAAGACAGCAACCUAAUUGGACCAGAUGGAGGGGUCCUGAGCAGCACUGUGGUGCCACAGGUCCAGGCAGUCUUCCCUGAGGGGGCCUUGACCAAGAAGAUCAGAGUUGGCCUUCAGGCCCAUCCAACAGACACUGAUCUGGUACGGAAGAUUCUCGGCAACAAGGCAAUGUUCAGUCCUAUAGUCACCCUAGAGCCCAGGAGAAGGAAAUUCCAUAAACCCAUAACUAUGACAAUUCCUAUUCCCAAAUCCACCACUGAUGGAAUGAUGAAUGGAUAUGGAGGCGAUACCCCAACCCUCCGAUUACUGUGCAGUAUUACAGGUGGUACAACUCCAGCUCAGUGGGAAGACAUAACAGGAACUACACCUUUAACAUUUGUCAAUGAAUGCGUUUCCUUUACUACAAAUGUAUCAGCAAGGUUCUGGCUUGUAGAUUGUCGGCAGAUCCAGGAGUCAGUUAACUUUGCCACACAAAUGUACAGAGAGAUAAUCUGUGUACCCUAUAUGGCCAAAUUUGUCAUUUUUGCCAAAUCACAUCACCCUAUUGAAGCUCGGUUGAGGUGCUUCUGCAUGACAGAUGACAAAGUGGACAAGACCCUGGAGCAGCAGGAGAACUUCACUGAGGUGGCAAGAAGCAGGGAUGUGGAGGUGUUGGAAGGAAAACCCAUCUAUGCUGACUGCUUUGGGAACUUGGUGCCACUGACAAAGAGUGGUCAACAUCAUCUGUUCAGUUUCUAUGCCUUCAAAGAAAACAGACUUGCUCUUUUCAUCAAGGUUCGAGACAGCACUCAGGAGCCCUGUGGUCGAUUGUCCUUUAUGAAGGAACCAAGAUCCUACAGAGGUUUAGCACACCAUGCCAUUUGUAACCUAAAUAUAACAUUGCCUGCUUACUCCAAGGAAUCUGAUUCGGAUCAGGAACAAGAGGAAGAGGUAAUCCAAGUACAAAUAACUCCAACAAGCAGGACACCUGAGAAAUACGAAGAACAGACUGAGUCAACUGAAACCUCUGCCCUGAAAACACAUUUGAUUCGGGAUGCCCCAGCACUGGCAAGCCCUGACUUGCUCUCUGAGGUGUCUGAGAUGAAGCAAGACUUGAUCAAAAUGACAGCAAUUUUAACAACAGACUCUACUGAGAAGACAAUUCCCAUAGAGGGAAGUGGACUCGAGAGGGGCGCAGAGGAGGAAACUGGAGAGCCUUUCGAAAUUGUAGAAAAAGUCAAAGAGGACUUGGAGAAAGUGAGUGAAAUUCUGAGAAGCGGGACAUACAAAGAUAAGCAAGAGAUACAGAAGAAAGACAGUGCGGUCAAAGCAAUCAAAGGAGAGGAAGAGUGGGUUCUACUUAGUGACAGUGAAAUUGAAGAAGCCAAACGGGAAGCCCCAAAAGACGUGCAUGAACCCAGCUUUCAGGAAACCAAAAAUGACAGAGGCACAUCCCAACCAAAAAUUACCAAUGACAUAACGGGAAUGGUUUCCUACCUGUCUGAUGAUCUUGAUGGAUACCUUGCUCGCCAACCUACUGUACCCACUAAUCAGCUCCAAGAAAUGUUUCAGGAACAGUUUGAAGAAGUGCUUGUGAAAAGAGAAACUGAAAAGAAAUUUGACUAUUCUUCACUAGAGGAAGUAAAAAAGUCUCCCGCUGAGAUUAAGAAACCAGUGAGGAGAAAAUUGAAGGAAAGAACAAGAAUGUACAAUGAGGAAUCACAGGUUCAAGACUCUGGAUCUGAUAUCUCUAGGUUUAGCUCAGAAGAGUCUUUAGAUGGAGACUUGGUUUUGUCUACCCCAGCUGCCCCAGCUCCAGCCCAAGUGUCACCUGUGGUGGAGGAGACCCCUAUUGGUUCAAUAAAGGAAAAAGUAAAAGCUCUUCAAAAGAAAGUGGAAGAGGAGGAAAAGGGGCGCAAGCAAAUAAUUAGUAAAGUUCAGGGAAGUGAGGAAGUGAUAGUCACAGAAGUUAAAAGAGAAAUAUCUAAAAAACAACCACCUCCUGUAGAAUCUAGUACAUCUGAAAGGCUAGAAGAGACCAUGUCAGUCCGUGAACUAAUGAGAGCUUUCCAGACAGGGCAGGAUCCAUCUAAGAGAAAGUCAGGGCUUUUUGAACACAAAGCUGUUCAUUCAUCAACAGAGCAAACCCAUUCCGUUGAUGUUACACAAGAUACAAAAUCCAAUACAACAGAAACAGGUCAUAAAGAGACAAUACAAAAAACUGACAGUGACUCAAAACAUAUUCCCACUCAUGAUCAGACUGUUAGCCAUUCAGUAUCUUCACCUGUUGGUAUGGCUGCACAGCUAGCCAAAUAUACCACAGUCUCACGCAAAGAUGAAUGUUUGUCCUCUAAAGCUUUACUCAGUGCUCUUGAUGAGCAGUCACAGAAGCAUGAUAGCAUAGUUGAAUCCAAACACUACAGAGAAGUGGAUUUGCAGAUCAGCCCUGAUAGGAAAUCAUCAACUGAUUUCAGUGAUGAUAUUAAAGCAGAGCUUGAGGAUAAUGAUGAAUACCAGCAGUUCAGAAAGACAUCUGAUACUGAGAGUCUCCAUUUAGAAAAAGUAGUUACAAGCCCUGUUAAGCAUGAUCUUAAUAUUACUUUCCCUCCCGAUUGUUCUAAAGAGGAGUUUCUACCAGACAUAGCACUGCAAAAUGGCACUUUAGAAGAUAGCUCAGACAGCCUCAGACAUGAGGGUGCUGCAGAUUCCCCAAGUGUCAGCUUAGGUGAUGGCACUCCACAGAUAAGCUCCGAGGAAAGUUAUAAACAUGAAGGUUUGGCAGAGACUCCUGAAACAAGCCCUGAAAGCCUACCAUUUUCACCAAAGCAGCAAAUACUAGGAGUAAAGGAAAUGGCACCUACAUUAUGCACAACAGAUAAUGAUGUACAAUACAGUCAAGACAUAUCUGUCACAUAUGAAAAUACUGCUUCUGUCAUACAAUUGGAAGAACACGAAUCAAAAGAAAAGUCUGAAAUAUUGGCUGCUGAAUCUACUGUUGACUAUGGCUUUGUUGCAUUUGAUCAGCAGCAUUCUACUGAAAUAGCUCUCCCCACAUCACCCAUUGAGGGUGUUGAUGAUCAGACUACAAGUGAGUCAACAUCUGGCCUCAAAGGUUUCCAGGGGGGUGAGGCUGCAAAGAAAAAAGAAGCUUCUUCACCAGAAAAACAAUACAAAAUGCAGUCAGAUUCAAGAAAAAUCUCAGAUACCAUUGAUAGCCUUUUGAACCCAGAUGAUGAUGAGGACAAACUUGAAAGGGAAAGCCAAAUGGUAGCCAAUCCUAGUGGUUUGCCAAUUGAAACAGGAACCACUAAUAGUCAUGAAGGCUUAGACCUGGCACUCUAUCAGAAAGACACAGGAGACCAUAGCCCAUUGGCAGAUGGUUCUUUGACCAUCAGCCACAAGGAUUCUUUGGAGGUUAAUCCAGUACGGGAGGAUAACUCUUCACACAAAACUCCUGAUUCUAUUGAGCCAAGUCCAACUAAGGAAUCUCCAUGUCGCGACUCACUGGAAAGUAGCCCAGUAGAACAAAAGAUAAUAGUGGAGCAAUCACUUGGGUCUUCUUGGCAGCCUCUUCCAGCAAAGACAGAUUUUCCUUCAGAAGCUGUGCGUAAUAGGCUCCUCAGGGACCCUGAGGGCAGUGCGGACGAUGACAGUUUGGAACAAACCUCCCAAAUGGAAAGUUCAGGAAAGAGUCCUCUCUCACCUGACACCGAUAGCUCUGAAGAGAUAAGCUAUGAAGUCACCCCCAAGACACCUGAAAUGCAGUUUCUCUCAGGGCCUUUACCAACGGCUAUCAUGGAAGAAACUGAGGAAGUUGAAGAAGAUGAUUCAUCAGAUAGUAACGAGCCCCAAAAGCAGUUUACUCCAGAAGAAGACAUGUUUAAAAUGGCAGCCAAAAUUAAAACAUUUGAUGAAAUGGAACAAGAAGCUAAAUGUAAAAGAGAUAUCAGAAAACAAACAGACACUUAUAUGGCCUCUGAAAUGGAAGAUGAUAAACACAUGCCUGUGGAAAUAAUCUCUCCGGGUAGUAGCUCUUCAGAAAGUGAGCCAGAGUUGACCAAAUGUAACAAAGAGGCAGAUUCAUAUCUUCGCGUAGAACCAAUUAUUACAGUCCAGCCUCCAUCUCCUCUUCCACCAGGCAUGGAUGACAGCUCUAGCCCCGAAGAGACAGAUCUGCAGCAUGCAAUUACCCAAUCAGAUCCUUCAGAAAGAGAAACAGGAAUACCAGACUGUAUUUCAGAUGGUAAACCAACAUUUCACUCAUAUUCUGAGACAAUAUCUACUCAUACUAACACAUCUUCUAUAACGAGUCCAACAGCUGAUCAAGUGUCAGACAGUUAUCAUAUUCAAUUAGUUGAAUCUAGUGAAAUGGAAAAAACUGAAGCACAGCAUCCACAAGUACCAUCUGAUUUGGAAUAUCAACAGGAAGCAAAAGAUUCUGAAAAAGUAACAAGCCCUUAUGAAAAUGCAGAUUCCAAAUUCCCUUCCACUACUGCUGAUUUUCAGGAGGAGGCAAAUAGAACCGAUGAACAAAAGGAGGUACUUUCCAGUAAAACUAUAAGAGAGGAUGGUGAGGACAGUGAUGAGGAAGAUAAGCAUUGCCCAUAUAGUUCCCACAUGCCAGAUAUACUGGAAGAAGCAAAUGCAACAGAUGAAGUCAAGGAGGAACAUGUUAGACGUUCUAGAGAAUCGACAGGAGAGAUUGAUGAAGAAUAUAAUUUAAACACAGACUUUGAACAACCCAAUAUGCAAUUUGGACCGGAGAUCUGUGUUUAUGAGGACACUGGCAUGGAAGAAAUACAGGUUUCUGCUCACACUACCCAGUCCAAGGGGGUCACUGCAAGGACAGAAUCUGACAUAGAUUCCUGGAGUGCAAUGCGAGAGGAUGAUGAUGCUUUUGAAGCCCGUGUGAAGGAAGAGGAGCAAAAGAUAUAUAGUUUGAUGGUUGACAAGCAGUCGCAGGACACAACCCCAGUUAGAACUCCUACUGAGGAGGGAACACCCACAAACGAGCAAAACCCUUUCUUAUUCCAGGAAGGGAAACUGUUUGAAAUGACCAGAAGUGGUGCCAUUGAUAUGACCAAAAGGAGCUAUGUUGAUGAAAGUUUCCACUUUUUCCAGAUAAUUGAACAGCCUCUGGAGGAGGUUUGGUCAGAUGAGGCCAGAGAAGAUCCCAUUGGUGGUGAGUCUUUUUCAGCAGAAGGUUCUACAUGUGUCACUGUUUCUGAUGAUGUUCUAUAUGACUUAACAGUAGAGGCAGCAGAAGCACCUAUUUCUGAAUCUCCCUCUCAACAAGAGACAACCGAGGAAAAUUUUCCAGCCACAAAACCUGAAACCAGGUCUAGAAUCCCAAUCAAAAUGGGCAUUUCUGCUUCUGCCAAAUCCCAAAAGAAAGACUCUCCUCCCACUGAAAUUGCAGAAGUAAAACAUUUUCCACUCAAGGAACCAGUAUGUGAGAGCCCUCCUGACAUGGCUUCCAUGGAACCAUCCAUAACAAAUGUGCAGCUAGACUUUUCCACGGUUACUAGGUCUGUUUAUUCUGAACAAGAUAAUGAGUCUUCUGACUCUUCCCCUGAGGACCAGCGGUCAGUAAUUGAAAUUCCUACUGCUGCAACAGAGAUCAUAACUGGUAGCGAACCAAUAUCUAAGAUCCCUGUCAAGGCUACUUCCCCUGUAGCUCAACGAACAGCGCUUCUACCCAGUGACAUGUCUUCUCCAUCCAGCUCCCCUUCCACUAAGUGUAAGGAACAGCCCAUUGAGGAGGAAACAAAGCCCAAAUCCAAAAUACCAGUAAAGUUAGGUGGCCUUAAAUCUGAACCUGCCUCUGAUUUCUCAGUAAAACGAGAGUCUCUCAAGGCUCCAGAAAGGAAAUGCAAAAUUCCAGUGAAACAAGAUCAAAGAAGCAAGUCCGAGUCAGAUGCCAGCAGCUCUGCAGAAGCCCGAUCUAAGCAUUCUUCCAAAACUGGAAGUUACUCUGAGACUGAACCUCAGGAAACAAAAGAAGAGGCUUCAAGUGGAACAGAAAGCCUUGAUGUUACUAAACCCAAAACAUUCCAAUCGAGACUUCCUGUAAAGAGUAAACCUGGCCAGACAUUCCAAAUAUCCACCCCUGACAAAGAGAACAAAGAUCGAUUCUUUGAACUUUACAAGAAUUCCAUAGAAUUAUUUGAGGAAAUUAGUGAUGAAGCCUCUAAGUUAGUUGAAAGGUUAACACAAGCAGAACUUGCACAAGAACAAGUUUCAGAUGACGAAAGCAGUACCUUAGAAGCCUCAAUUAUUGAAAAUGAGCCGUUGUCUGAAUCACAGAUGCCUCUUCCUGAAGACAUCUUUGAUAUGAGACCCAUCUGGGACGAGUCUGUUGAGACUCAGAUCCAACGCAUUCCUGAUGAAAAUGUCCACAAUCAAAGAGAAGAUCCACAAGAGGACGAAGAAAGAAGUGAGGAAAGGUUGGCAAUCAUUGCUGACCACUUAGGCUUCAGUUGGACAGAAUUAGCCCGGGAGUUGGAGUUUACUGAGGAUCAGAUUCAUCAGAUAAGAAUUGAGAACCCCAACUCAUUAUUGGACCAGAGUCAUGCCUUACUGAAGUACUGGAUGGAGAGAGCUGGCAAACAUGCAACAGACAAUGAUCUAACCAAGACACUCACAAAGAUUAACCGGAUGGAUAUUGUUCACCUGAUUGAAACAUCAAGCAUACACCCCAGCCAAGAACAGACCUCCCGAACCUAUGCAGAGAUUGAGCAGACCAUAGCACUGGACCACAGUGAAGGAUUCUCUGCACUUCAUGAAGACAUUUACAGCCCAAGGACUUCACAGCACAUAGAGACCACAACCAGCAACCAUCCACCUUCAGAGCAGCAGCCUCCCAUGGUGUCAGAGGAAGACAUCUCAGUUAGCUACUCUUCACUGCAUGAAGCUGCUCCCAGGGGUGAUGCAGACAUGUCAAUCACAGAGCUUCUGAGGCACGCUCAAAGGGAGAAGCUGGAAGCCGAGAUGUAUGGAAAGACUGAGGCACACUUAGGAGAGCCAUCUGCUGACAGUGAAGAGUACUACAUUACAGACCAAGAAUCUCAAGAAGCAGCCCCGUCAGCACCUCUAACGGAAGAAGGACAAUCGAUGUCGCUUGCAGACUAUAUGAGAGACCAAGCCAAACAAGUAAGUCCUUCCAUCCAUGAACCCACUCCCGAGCCCUCCAUCCAUGAGCACAGCCAACCCAUUCCCGGUCAUUCCCAUGAGUACAAAGAAACUACCCCAGAGCAAAGUGUACCUCCCCCCUGCUACAACGAGUCAAACCCUGACUACAGAGAGACAACAUCUGAUAACACAGAGCCCACUUCUAAUCACAGUCAAACAUUCCACGAGCACAGAGAAAAUACUCCCGAGCACAGGGAUCCUGCCUAUGAAUACAAAGAGACGACCCUUGGCUACAUAAAGGCUACCUCUGCUGAAAGAGAGGCUCCCACCGACAAGAAAGGGUUUACUCCUCACUGCGUGGAACCUGCCAUCGACUGCACAGAAGCUGACCCUACCAAUAGAGCACCUUACCUAGAGGACAGUGAGCCUACCCAUGAUGACAGAGAAUCUACCACUGACUAUAAGAUGGGUACCUCUGACUACAUAGAGGCUACCUCUGAUGACAGAGAACCCACUCUUGACUACAGGGAUUCUACAAUCAACUAUGAUAAAGAAUAUACCCCCGACUACAGAGAAUCUACUCCUGAUCACAGAGAAUCUAUUUCCCACUACAGAGAAUCUUCUCCACAUCACACAGAAUCUACCCCUAACUUCAAGAUGGUUACUCCUGACUACAGAGAGCCUACCCCUGACUACACUAUAUAUAUUCCUGACUACAGAGAGCCUACCACUGACUACGCUGCAUCUACCCCUGACUACAGAGAGCCUACCCCUGGCUACACUGCAUCUACCUCUGACUACAGAGAGCCUACCCCUGGAUACUCUGCAUCUACCCCUGACUACAGAGAGCCUACCCCUGGCUACACUGCAUCUACCCCUGACUACAGAGAACCUACCCCUGGCUACAGAGAAUCUACCCCUGACUACAGAGAGCCUACCACUGACUACACGGUGGCUAUAUCUUACAACAGAGAAGAUACCUGUGACUACACAGAGGAUGCCUCUAAUGACAGAGAACACACUCUUGACUACAGUGAUCCUGCAAUAAACUACAUAGAAGGUAACACUAAUGAGAAAGAACCUACCCCCAACUGCAGAGAAUCUACUCCCGAUCACAGAGAACCUAUUUCCCACUGCAGAGAAUCUUCUCCGGACCACGUAGAAUCUACACCUGAUUUCAAUAUGGUUACCCCUGACAACAAAGAACAUACCCCUGGCUACAAAGAACCUACCACUGACUGCAUAGAGAUUGCCUCUGAUGACAGAUUUGACCUCAUGAAUCCUACAAUCAACCACUCAGAUGAUAACACCACCAAAAGGAAGCUCGCUCCAGACUACAGAGACUCUACCGCUGACUACACAGAGACUACCUCUGAAUUCUUAGAUGCUUCCUCUGACUUCAUACAGGCUACAUCUGAUGACAUAAAGCCAAAUAUUCACUACACAGAACCAACCAUUGACCACACAUUUGCUACCCCUAACUUCAGAGAAUCUGCUGAUGACAGAGAAUCGAGUCCAGACUACAUAGAGACCUUUAUAGAGGCUUCUAGUGACUUCAGAGGUUCUACCCCUGACUACAAAGAGGCUACUGCCAAAGAGGUGCCCUCAGAAGCUGAAGAACCAAUUGUUCAGGAGCCCAAAGAAGUCCAAGACAAACAUGAGACCGUAGUGCCCACCAGAAUGAGCGGUCCCACUAUUGUAGAGUCAAUUGAGGAACAACAGGACAGGCUGAGCAAAUAUCUGGAUGACGAGUCUCUAGAGAGGGAGAUAGCAGAGGAGCUAGGUGAGCUGGAGGAUAGUUCAGAUGAAGAGGAGGUGGUAACUACCAGGGUCAUCCGGCGACAAGUUGUCAUCCAGGCUGACGACAUGCCAGACUUUCCACCAGAGUCAGUCACGGAGGAGCAGUACACAGACGAGCACGGCCAUGUGGUUAUAAAGAAGGUCACCAGAAAAAUAAUCAGACGUUACAUUUCUCCGGACGGCACAGAGAAAGAAGAAGUUAUAAUGCAGGGGCGACAGCAAGAUCCAAUCUGUAUCGAGGAAGGAGAUGGCUAUUCCAAGAUUGUAAAGAGAACCGUGCUGAAGAGUGACAGUGAUCAAACAGAGGUAACUUUCUCUGAACCCCAGGCCUUCGCGGGCAGCUUAUCUGAGUUCCAAAUGGAGCCAGUGCAUGGCCGCAAGGUCAGCAAGGUCAUCAAGACCACGGUGGUGCAGGGAGAGAGGAUGGAGAAACACCUCGGAGAUAUCACAUUAGCCACUGAUCUUCCAUCAGCCAAAGACGACUUUGAACAGGCCCUGAGUUAUGCAGGGGGCUCUGGGAAAGUUCAUCUCCCGUGUUUAGUAGAGCAGGAGAUUGUAAAAGAGGACGGAUCAGUGAUAAAAAGGACAAGGAUGAGUAAAGCCAGCUCUCAGAAGAGGACUGUGGUGAAGGACGCUGAGGGAAAGCAUGUGCACGUGGAGCGGCUGGAGGACGUCCCCCAGGCUCUGCAGCAAGACGACCUUCAGCAUGACCUGCACCAGCUCCUCUGCCGCUUCUGCACAGACGACCACAAGCGCAAGGCCACAUAAAACGGCCAAGACUUUUCUUUCCAUGUGUUUUUUUUUUAGUUCCUCAACACAUAUCUGAUCAUUACAUAGCAUCACUUCACAGACAGAUUCCAUCUUUAUCUAAAGUAAUUGAAGUUAUCUACUUAGAAGACAGAAUUAAUUUAGUAGUAUUUUUUUAUGUUUUGUUUUCUUUUUUUAACUGUUUGCUAAUUGUGUGACCAAAGAUAGUAUCCAUUACUGUAGGAUGACUUAAAGCUAGAUCUUCUUAUUUGCUGUUGUAAAACAGCCAACCAACGGAAGAGCAAACUGCAGAGUCAACUUCGUCCACAGACCUCUUCAAAAUGACUGUCUGAACUGUCUAACAGUUUAUAUAUUGUUUGGACUCAUCAAAAUACAUUCUGCCUAUCAUAACCACACAAAAACAACACUGAUCACAAGAUAUGUUUGUCCUUGUGGAAUGGUUAUAAAAUGACUGAUAUCACUAUAGUAAUCGACCGUGUGUACAGGCCAAUUAUAGAGCACUUAAACCAAGUAGUGGCAGAUGUAGUGUAUUUGGAGUUGUGUAUUGAUCUUGAUUAUAAUAUUAAUAACCGAAAUAACCGAAAAGGGUAAAAGUGGAGGUCAUGUAAGCCACCUCAGAUCAUCAUCACCCAAGCUGGUUACAUGAACCUUCUUAAUUGCAUUUAUAAUCAAUUGUAUGCUAGCACCAAUACUAUAAUACCUUUUCAAACUGGCUGCAGUACAGUUCUAUAGCGUUUCCUGCCACAGAAAGCUUUGCCACUGCUGUUUAUCCAA